GAUGAGUUUGUGACGUCAUCACACCGCGCCGCCAUUCGGUCCUUUUUUGGAUUAUGUUUGGUGUGAAGCGUUGCUGCCUUUUACGUCAAUUUGUCGGAGCGCAGUCGAUGUUUUGAUUAUUUAUAGUCUCCCAAAGUGUUUACGAAGAUGGAUUCUAUGGAGGACAAGACGAGCUCCAUGUCUGCGGCGCAAAGGCGAGCAGAAACACGCAGGAGGAAACUGCUCGUCAAUUCCGAGGACCGCAUGAACAGAAUCGUGGGAUUUUCCAAGAAUGAGUCGGAAAAUAAGGGGUCACCCAGGCGUCCAGCAGAGCCCCGCUUCCAUUUGGACCUGGACCGGACAGAGCCGUGGUCACCUUCCCAGAGACCCUCCCCCUUCCUGUCGGAGUCCGGCAGCCCCCCAGACAGGAGGGACUCGCCCCUGCCGGACCUGGGCGACAAGUUGGAGGACAACACCCGAGGGGUCCGUCAGAGACCCAAGGGGGACCUGGCGUCAGCUGAUCCUGGCGGCUCGCCACGCAGGGGCCUCCACAAGUACCUGUCUCGUUUUGACGACGCCAUGAACCUGAGGGGUCAGUUGGCCAGCGAGAAGCCGGUCCAGGAUGCCGAGUCCGACUGCGAGGACUUGGACCCAUUCAGGGUCUUCAGGCUCGUCUGCAGCGUCCUCCUUGCGGUUUUUGUCAGGGUGUUUGUCUGCAAGUAUCUGUCAAUAUUUGCUCCAUUCCUCACCCUGGAACUGGCUUUUAUGGGCCUGUUCAAGUACUUUCCCAAGGUGGAGAAGAAGUCCCAGUCCAGCGUGCUCAGCGCCGCUUUGCUGCUGUCGGGCAUCCCGGGCGAGGUCAUCAAGCGCUCCAUGGACACGUACAGAAGGAUGGGCGACGUCUUCGCCGACCUCUGCGUCUACUUCUUCACCUUCAUCCUCUCCCACCAAGUGCUGCUGCUCGCAGGCUCGGAGACGCCAUCGUCAGCUCAGUGACACCCGCCGUCCCUCCCUCGCCGCCACGCCACGUUGCCUCCCGUCUCAGCAGCGAGACAUGCGCGCAUAGAUGGCUGUUCUUCUGCGUCUCCCAACCCACUUAUCAUGUCUCGACUAUUGAACAUGAAUACCUUGUUUGUGAUCGUAUUCAUCUGGGCAGUGCUAACUUCAACAAGCUACUUUAAUACGCUACGAACAGUGUAGUGCAGUUGUGUACGAUUCCUUUUCUUCUUCCAAAGUACACAAAAGGGUCCACUUUCUGUAGUUCUUCACUUGGUAGUUGUGAAGACAGAAGAAGCAUUGAGUUUUGCACACGUUUGCUUGAUAAUGCAGUGUAACUGAUGAUGGGAAUGUACCUUUAUUACUGUCAUACAUGUUUAUAUGUGCUCUCCUAUAUGCCUCUGCUUAUUAAUUUAUUAUUGUGACAAACUUGGUUUCUCGUGUGUGUUGCAUUUAUCCUGAGAACAUUCUGAAUGACAUUUCAUGUUUACACAGAACUCUUUUCAGUAUUUUACUUUGUACAAGCCAAUAAAUAUUUGUGUGACGCGU